AUGGCCUCACAAUUGCAAGCUCAAGGUGACGAUGUUCUUCAGACUAUUCGUCAAAUGAAAAAGACGUCCAAGAACCAGAAGCAGACAACAAAAACAAACAAUCUCAAGAAUUAUUCCAAGGAGCUCGAAUCAUUGCUGUUGCGAAUGUAUAAUGAGGCGUCUACGGCACGAGAAUCGAAGAAAAUGGGAACGCAACACACUACAAGCACAAAAAACGUUACAACACCUCGUUCUGAUGGUGAUAAUCAGCAGAACGACGAUGAUGACAGCGAUAGUAAUCCUGCCCCGUUGUCCAUAUCGCUUGCGUCUACCAGCACAUUUUACGCUGCAGAAUUGGAAGAGCUCAUUCGAACAGAGCAGCUCAAUCGUGUUGCGUUAAUCAAACAAAUCUCCUCCGAACGCGAGCAGAGAGCAGCUCUGAAGCAGUUCCUGUCGGCUUUUUCCCAAGAACACAAUGACGAUAUUAGGAAUCCAGCGAAAGAUAACCAGAGUUUAUUGGAAGAUAUGCAGGAUAACGUGCGUCAGCUGAUCUAUGAUGCUGUGAUCGGGCGACAAAUGAUUGAGGCAACACUGGAAGAAGAAGUGCAGUCGUGUGAAAAGGAUUUCGAUGCUUGCUAUCAGAAGCUAUUGCAUACACUACGGGACAACACUAACUCAGCCGUUAAUGUUGAGAAACAACAGGAUCAAGAACAGAGAAUUGCGGCAAUGCUCGAAGCUUCAGGAGGGAACAAUUGCUCUGACGAGAUGCUUAAACUUGAAAUUUCCAACGAAUUGCGAAAGGUUUUCAGUCACCUCCAGGAAGAUCUUGCCGAGUACGAGGAAGGGUUUAUCAACGCUGCCUCUGCCAGUGAUGCAGCAGGUAGCAUUGAAGCUGCAUCGUCCAAAGGUGGCGGAUGGAGUGAGGCAAAUGAGGAGAGAUUUUUAAAGGUUCUUCGCAGCUACGAGAACAAACACGGAGCUGGAAAGAAGCCUCAGCUAUUGUACGAUCAGCUUGCAUUGGUACUGCCCAAUGUUCCUCUCAUCGAGAUAAAGAAACACGUAAAAUUUCAUCAGCAUUAUCGCUUUUAUCAAGAGAAACGAAAAGAUCGGCAACGAGAAUUUCAGCGAAAACUGGAGGAGCUACAGAAUGGUGCCACUACCAGAUUUCGUACGGCUAUGGAACAAGAGCAAGAACGAGUACGAAAGUUGCAACAGUUGCAUGAUAUGCAACAACAAUGUGAUCAACGGCACGAACAGAUUUCCCAGUGGCGCGUGACGAAAGAAGCCAAAGAACGGAUAGAGAAACAGCAGCGUGAAAUUGAACAACUACUAGAAAACCAGAAACAGAAAGAAGAAGAACUUCAAUGGCGUCGCAAGCACGAUCAACAGAAAAUUGCGGUGGACGAGUAUAAGAAAGGAAAGACACUUCAAAAAAUGGCGGACGAAAAACUCACCAUGGAAGAAGAGCAACGACGAGGGGAGGAACGAGCUCUUCAAAGCGUCGUUAAUGCUGAAAGAGUGCAGUACAGACAUCACGAGUUUCAGCGCAAAAUGGAGGAAAUGAAGCAAGAAGAACUCCAUAAAGCUGAGCUAGAAGGGCAGCGACUGGUAAAACUGAACGAGUUGAAGGAGACAACACCUUACGCGCAAAUUAUCGCGAAUAUUGCGGUACGAUAAAUUAAAAAAUCAUGGGGACGGAAUUUUUAAUGUAACACACUUGAUAUUUAUACAGCCCGAUCCAGAGCGUACACGACAGGUGACUGUGGCCUUUCGUGCUAACGUUGAGGCAGCUCAGGAGGGGCUUCCAGUUACUGUACGUUAUUGAUGGUUAAUUCUGCUGUUGAUACCCUGCAUAUGUAACAUUUUGUGGUAAUAGGAAACGGGAUUGUUUCCGAGCCACGGAUACGAUUGCGAGACGCUGUUCAAGAACGCAAGAUUCAAACUUGGCAUUGCUCUCCGUGUAUGUGUCAACGCCGGAUUGAAUUAGUUUUUUUUUUUUUGUCACUUUUUAUAUCAAUUUUUUUGCAGAACGCUGGGUUGAAUUCGAGUGACUACGCUCGUCAAGCACUGUCCAAUGUCAAGGUUUGCAACGUAGGCGCGUAUCGAAACCACGUGGCUGAACCUACGAAGCUGUGGUGAUUGCUGUUGUAAAAGAGAAAAAAAGAACUGUUGCAAUGAAAGUUUACACAACAAUAUAUAAUUUAAGUGACGAUCCG